CCCACCCUCCUCGAUCCUGACGCACCCAUUCUCUGUCUUCCCUCCCUCCCUCCCGAUGCGGCCGCUCUCUCAACCCCGACGCGCCGCCGUCCUCCGCCUUCCCCUGCAUUCCGCUCAGCCACCACCCUCUCCUCCUCCCCCCACCCUCCGCCAUGGUGAAUCCACCUCCAGAUCGAGAAGGGGAGGCAGCAUACGUCGCAUCCACGCACCAGAUCGAGCAGCGGCGCUCCCAGAUCGAUCCAUCUCCAUCGUCCUCGCGGUUGACGCCCAUGUCCUCCUCAAGGAUGGCCGUCUCCGUGCUCCACCACCAUCCUUUCCCUCCUCCCUCACCGCAUCUCACAUGGCGCUGGGAUCUUCCAGAUCGAGCGCCGGCAGGGUAGGCGCCUCCGCCGCCCAAGUCCAAGACCCCGCCUCCGCCGCCGGCAGGGAUCUUCCAGACCAGCGCAAGGUCUUCCGCGUCACUAACCACGCCGGGGUCGCGCUCGCCGGCCUCACAGCCAUCUUCCUCCAUGAGCUGCAGCCCAUCCUCGCCAACCACCUGCAGACCCAGACCGCCACCACCGGCAACGCAUGCGUCGUGGCCUGCAGUGCCGCCGCUGCCAAGGACCACCUCUUCAAGGGGUCGCAGGAGCAGCCGGGCCUGGUCACCAUCACCAUGGAGGAGAUCCUCCGGUUCGUGGCGUCCGUCGGCGGCGCCGUCUGGGUGUCGUCGUACCAGGUGGUGCAGGACACCCACGUCUUUGAUCUGCUUGAUCUGCUUGAGCCGUCAUGGUUUUUAUCUGUCUUCCUUUGCAGGCUCAUGUCAAGUCAGUUGAGGAUUUCGCGCGGCUGGGCUGUUUCAAUGAGAACCAGGACAAGCAGCAGCCCGCCAAAGCUUCUUCCACCCAACACCAGCCCACUAAACUGACUAGUUUUUCAUGUCUUGUGUGAAAUCUGUACCCUACUGGAAGAUGCCACCAUCAAGUUAAUAAUAACACUAAACUGGUAUAUGUAAUUAUAGCCAGACAAUUUAUCGCAUCGUACUAUAAAAAUAUGUAAUCAGUAAGCCUAAAAGCUGCUAAACUGGUAUAUUCAUUAUUUGAGUUCAUUGGAAUAUAAUAAGAAACAAAGAUGAAUCUAUUUCUGCUAUGUGCUGCCUUUGUGCAUAGAUGUAUCUUCAUGAGUCGCAAAACUCUUGACAUGCUUAUGCUAUAGUUGAUUUUCCUAGGUUGUAGUUUGUUCCAUAUCGUGUUAGGUUGUAUUGUAUAAUCUGCAUUAUAAGUGUGGUUUCUAAUGUGCUUAUGCUAGAUUAAUGCAUCAACCUGACAUGUUACAAACCUUGAGCCAGAACCUAUGACAUCUCAUUUUAAAUGGUAAUCAUUGUUGUUAAAAUGCUACUGUUUGAUUUCAUACAAGUGUGUGCCCCCAACUGUUGUAUAGUUGUAUCCAUACUUCUGAGCAUAUUAUUGUCUAGCCUCUUUUGUGAUUAGUCCUCAUUUUUAAUGAUGUUACUGUUUAUCUAAGAUCAUUUGAAGUUUUGAGAUGGCACCUAGCUAGCCUCUUUUGUGAUUAGUCCUCAUUUUUAAUGUCAUCCACACUAUUUUUUUGUUAAUUUUGUUCCUUGUAUGAACAACCUUAUAAUUUUGGUGGAUGCACAUGUGGGUGGCAGGAGGGCUAGUUCAUGUAGCUUACUUCCUGUUUGUCAUUUUGGUGGCUUGCCAUUUUAUUUACGGCAUUGUGGAUGAUGCCAUUAUCCUAGUUUUCACAUUUAUAUUAGUCACUUAAACAAGGCUCGGUUAAGUUGAGUUGUUCUGCUGCUGAUGGCAAUACAAGCCAAUAGAUCUCACAUGCAAAAAUUCAACAGAUUUUGCUAGGUUAAUAUUGAGUUGGGGCAGCUGCCUGCAUAUGCAAAAAUUCAACAGAUUUACAGCAUUGUGGAUGAUGCCAUUAUCCUAGUAAUGAUGCAGAGAUACUUACUUGUGCAGGCAAAGUUAUGCAGAGCCAAAUCGUGUGCCACCGUUGCCGAAGGGUGCUGGCCUACCUGUCAGGGCGCCCAGCGUGUGCGGCGCCAUGUGCCAAGCCAUCACCGCCGUGCCACCCCCAGCGCCAGGAGCUCGAGUUCUACAAAAUUUGAAGUUCGAAACCAUAUAGCUCUACUCAGCAAAGAGUCGUCUCUUCUAUUUGAUUGUAAUAGAAUGUAAAUAUUGUAAUAUUGUAAUAGUAGGCAUAUCUGGGUUGUAAUAACUAUAUACAGAUUGUAGUAGACUUAGUUUUAUUUGAUGAACUACGUUUGUACUGUUCUGUUUGAAAUAUUGAUUAUGUAAGUGAUUUGAAAACGUGUGGAAUGGAAA